CCCAUCAGAACCAACUCAUUUUGCUUCUGGGAAUCCCCCGAGCUCAUCGGGGCCGCCGUCUUCGUCUCUCGAGUGUAAUCUCUUCCUCUCUAUCUCUCGAUCGCCCAUGGCGGACGGAAUCGAAGAGGCGGCGAACAGCGUCUCCAAUCUCUCCGUUACUGAUACUCCCGCCGCGGAAGCCCCGAGCAAGAAUGCUCUGAAGAAGGAACUGAAGAAAAAGAAGAAGGAAGAGGAGAACCGCCUGAAAGAGGAAGAGAAGAAGAAGAAGGUUGCUGCAAUGCCACAGUCGCAGAAGCCGUCGUCAGCGGACGAUGAGGAUAUGGACCCAACGCAAUAUUAUGAAAAUAGGUUGAAAGUCCUUGCAUCAGUGAAAGUGGCCGGCGGCAAUCCUUAUCCUCACAAGUUUCAAGUAUCCAUGACUAUUACAGAAUACAUCGAGAAAUAUAGAGUUUUGAAUGAGGGAGACCACCUUAAGGAUGUUGAAGUCAACAUUGCAGGGAGGAUUAUGAACAAGCGAACAUCUUCAUCAAAGCUUUUCUUCUAUGACUUGUAUGGAGGUGGUCUAAAAGUGCAAGUGAUGGCUGAUGCUAGGGAGUCAGAUAUGGAUGAAAUUGAAUUUGCAAAAUACCAUUCUGGUGUGAAGCGCGGUGACAUUGUCGGGAUAUGUGGUUAUCCAGGUAAGAGCAAAAGAGGAGAGCUUAGUAUUUUCCCAAAAAGAUUUACUGUUCUGUCCCCAUGCCUUCAUAUGAUGCCAAGGCAGAAAGCUGGUCCUGGCAUUGAGAAUGCUUCUGUUAAGAAGAAUGAAGGGAAAGUGGCAUCAGAUGUUUGGGUUCCUGGAAUGACAAGGAACCCUGAAACAUAUAUUCUGAAAGAUCAGGAAACACGUUAUCGUCAACGUUAUCUGGAUCUGAUGUUAAACCAUGAGGUUAGACAAAUAUUUAAGACUCGUGCGAAAAUUAUCAAUUAUAUCCGGGAUUUCCUCAACAAACUUGAUUUCUUGGAGGUGGAAACACCUAUGAUGAACAUGAUUGCUGGAGGAGCAGCUGCCAAGCCCUUUGUCACUCACCACAAUGAAUUGAACAUGAAGUUGUUCAUGCGCAUUGCCCCUGAACUUUACUUGAAGGAGUUGGUUGUUGGUGGGUUGGACCGUGUUUAUGAAAUUGGAAAGCAGUUUAGGAAUGAGGGUAUUGAUUUGACUCAUAAUCCUGAAUUUACUACGUGCGAGUUUUAUAUGGCUUUUGCGGAUUACAAUGAUUUAAUGGCUCUCACAGAAGAAAUGUUAUCUGGAAUGGUAAAAUCUUUAACUGGUGGUUAUAAGAUUAAAUACCAUGCAAAUGGAGUGGACAAGGAUCCGAUAGAGAUUGACUUUACUCCCCCAUUUAGACGGAUUGACAUGAUUGAGGGAUUGGAGACUAUGGCUAAUCUUUCUAUACCAAAAGAUAUUUCAAGUGAAGCAGCAAACAAGUACUUGUUGGAUGCUUGUGUGAAGUUUGAUGUUAAAUGUCCCCCUCCUCAGACAACAACAAGGUUAUUGGACAAGCUUGUUGGGCAUUUCCUGGAGGAGACAUGCGUCAACCCUACAUUUAUCAUUAAUCACCCUGAGAUCAUGAGUCCAUUGGCAAAGUGGCAUAGAUCGAAACCAGGUCUGACUGAGCGGUUUGAAUUGUUCAUCAACAAACACGAGGUUUGUAAUGCAUACACGGAAUUGAAUGAUCCAGUUGUACAGCGUCAACGAUUUGCUGAACAACUUAAGGACCGACAAUCAGGUGAUGACGAGGCAAUGGCUUUAGAUGAAACAUUUUGUACUGCUCUUGAAUAUGGCUUGCCUCCAACUGGUGGAUGGGGUUUGGGGGUAGAUCGCCUUGCAAUGUUGUUUACAGAUUCUCAGAAUAUAAAGGAAGUUCUGCUUUUUCCUGCCAUGAAGCCUCAAGAUGAGCCUUUGACGAAAGGUUAACUGGUUAGUCUGCUGAAGGAUUGCCCAUGUAUUUAUUUUGGAGAGGCCAGCAAGGAUCGAGAAAAUACACUUCUUAUCUGAGAUUUGGAUACUCGAGACUUGUUAUCUGAGAUUUGGAGACUGGAGAAAACACGUUUGGCAUUUGCACAAAUAUUUUGUCCUCCGUCUCAUUUCCUGCCGGUGGUGUUAGAAAUCUGGUCUGCCAGUAUUUAUACUGAUGUAGUUCUUACCCAUCUCGAUUUACAGUGACUAUCCAUUUCGACUACAUCUUGUCAAUAUUAUUUGGCGUUUGUUACUGAAACACAUUGACAAUGUUGGCUUGCUGUUUCUUUUCCUGGCUUGCUAAAGCCUUUUGUUGGAUCUUGUCCAUAAACAUGCGUGACAUCAAAAGAUAUUACUAGAUUUAUUUGCUUCAACAUCUUG